CCCAACGGAUGCCACGGAGCCUACAGCCGACACUCUCACUACCCUCUCUCUCAUAUUCGUGGGAGUGUUUCUAUCGCUCCUCAUAUUCAUCUCCAUCUUCGGCAACAUCCUGGUGUGUGUGGCCAUCUACACGGACCGCGGGCUAAGGAGGAUCGGCAACUUGUUCCUGGCGUCCCUCGCCAUCGCAGACUUGUUUGUCGCAGCGUUGGUCAUGACGUUUGCCGUAGUCAACGACCUGCUGGGCUACUGGAUCUUCGGCGCUCAGUUCUGUGAUACGUGGAUCGCGUUCGACGUCAUGUGUUCCACCGCCUCAAUCCUCAACCUGUGUGCCAUCAGUCUGGACAGAUACAUUCACAUCAAGGAUCCUCUCAGGUACAGUAGGUGGGUAACUAGGAGAGUGGCUGUAGGGACGAUUGCUGUGGUCUGGCUGCUGGCAGGCCUCAUCUCCUUUGUCCCCAUCUCUCUUGGUCUGCACAGACCGCCACAGCCUCUGGUAUUCACCGCAGGAGACACUGAGUACCCGACCUGCGCACUAGACCUCACUCCCACCUACGCAGUCGUCAGUUCCUGCGUAUCCUUCUACUUCCCCUGCGUGGUUAUGCUGGGCAUCUACUGUAGACUGUACUGUUACGCACAGAAACACGUCAAGAACAUCCGGGCAGUGACGCGGCCAUUGACGUCAUCGCAGCUGGCUCCAGUGACGCACCACGCGUCCUCGCCAUACCACGUCAGCGAUCACAAGGCAGCAAUCACCGUAGGAAUCAUCAUGGGCACCUUCCUACUCUGCUGGGUACCCUUCUUCUGCGUCAAUAUUAUUGCCGCUUUCUGUAAAACGUGCAUCCCUGGAAUGGCAUUCAAGGUGCUGACAUGGCUGGGAUACUCCAAUUCAGCGUUCAAUCCCAUUAUUUACUCCAUAUUCAACACGGAGUUUCGAGAAGCGUUCCGCAAGAUUCUUACUGCACAUUCACCACCAUGUUGUUGUAAACGUUAUGACAACGUCACCGUCGCUCUGGGGGCCAACCAUCAUCAAGCAAAGAUAAAGCAGAAUGGUCGCAAAGAGGUAAAUAGCUCGAGUCCUCGCAGCAGCAUAGGCUCUCUACGACAGACGAGGGUUAACUCUACAGACAAAGUUAUCCUUGAGGAGGAGACAUGCGCGAUCUGACCUCCUAGUUUCACACAUGAGGAGCUUGUCUAGUAGGGAGAUUUUACUGGGGAAUAGACAACCGGAGUCCUCACCGUAGUACUGGCUUUCUACAACGUACGGUCAGGGUAAAACAGAUGAACUGCAAGAUACGACUGCCAAAGUGCAAGAACUCGUCUUGGUAGAUAAGAUAACCGGACGUGAGUUACUUAUGUAAGUCCUCGUGUAAUGUACGACCAAUCAUCACUUGGAGCAAAUAAGGAUAACUCCACGGUCGGUUAGGCUUUCGCACCAGAAAAUCCACGUAACUCGGAGUAAUGAGCUGGGAGAUGAGAUGGUAGAUGUCUCCCCUCCAUGGAGGGUGUCAGCUCAAGACUAUGGAUCGUGAUUUGGCCACUAUGUACGAGACAAUAGGGCUGUUCAAGAUGAAGAAGUACAGUCAAAGAUACGAAUGAGUUUACUACUGACAGAAGCAUCAAUUUGCUCCAUCAUGCGAAGGUCACCUCUUCAGAGAGUGCCUUUGUAGAUAACACAUCUUGGCCAAUUCAACCUCCUAGGCUAACCCGCGAAUAGCAGAUUGUUGAACAUCUACAAAGCCUAUAAAUAUUGCACGGCCGUCCACUCUUCUAUAAACUCCUCUAGAUCCAUUGAAACAGAAUUUCAUCCCCGAAGGAAUGAUAGAACAGCCCAAAAUAAUACAACCUGCAAGACUACGUAACAAAUACAUUUAAAAAAGUCAAAAGGCUUGAAGAAAUCAGAAUUGUGAAUAUUUAUAGUAUAAUUGGCAGCAAUGCUCUUAAGGAAUACGGGUUGAUUCACUCAAAGUAUUACAAUAGGUAACUUGUUAGACGUGCAUUUUACAGAGAACUUUAAAUGAACAACUUCCCUUCUUUUUUUUGUGACAUUUUACAAGAUGCUAUUUUAUAUUCAAAAUUUGCCACCAUUUUCCAAAAUGGUAGUGAUAUUUAAUUUUUGUCAAUGGCAUCCUCACUUUUUAUGAUUGUUUUGGAUUCAACGUAAAAUUUUAAGAACAUUUUAUUCUAGUAAAUUUUUUUAUAAGCCUAUCCGAUGGAUCUACA